CGAGUAGAGUACGUCAUCGCUUAAAACUCAUACCGCCAAUUAACGAUGUAAGGCGGGCGCGUGCGAUGCGCGCGACGGUACGCUUCACAUUCGUACCGCGAGCCGCCCGCGCACAACGCGGCCCCCAAAAAGUCCCGACGCCCUAACUGAACAACUGUCCAGGACCACAGUACCGUAAACAAAACUACAGAGACCGUAACAACCAGUGUUCAUCAAGUAACAAUUUGUGUGAUCAGUAUUCAAAUCCAUAUUUAUAAAUAUGCUCUUUUAAUUUUAAUUUUUUGGCUCGGGAGGAGAGUCAAUCGGGCGGAUCGCGGGGGUGUCGUGGCGUGAGUGUGUGAGUGUGUGUGUGGCAUGGGGUAGGAUGGGUGCAGGACACAGCGCGGAGGGCGACGGCGGCGCGUACGCCAGCGACCCGCCCGCUCACGACCGCCGCAAGAGUUACAGUAGGAGGCGAAGGCACUCGGUGGACUCGGUCGCGUCGUAUUCUAGCCAGAAUCACGUUGACCGAAUAAGGACGCAGAAUUUCUCAGCGGCUUCUUGUCAAGACGAAGACUUCGGCUCGAUCAAGACAAGCCUCUUCAGACGGUCGUCGUCAAACUUAGAAUGUCCGCAUAAGCGACCGGAGAGCGUAACCUCAAACACAAGCUCUACAAGAAGCCGCCUUCGAGAACUUGUGGAAAGAAAGUCGAGUCAGGAAGAUCACAAAUCCUCAGCAAACGCCGUCGGCGAUAUCCAAUAUUUCGAGAACCCGACUGAAACCCUUGAAUUCGAUAGACCGCGCAACUCUUUGGAGAAAAAACAAGAAGAUCGACCCAAAAAGAGAAAGCUUUCAAAAAACAAGGAAAAAGACAAAGACAUCUGCGAAAACAAAAACAAAAAACACGAAAAAUAUCAGAGCAAAUUAGCUGAAUUUUACAAACUCCCUGUGCAAUUGCCUCAAGACGAAUUCUAUCAACAUUUGACAAAAUCCAAAGCGGCGGAAGAACUUUUAAAAAAGCGGUUCACGAAUUCUGAUACAGAGUUCAGCGGCAGCUACGGUAGAUUGUGCAAACACAAAGAGCCUGAGGGUUCAAACUUAAGACGCAGUCGUAGCUUGGCAGUAAUCAGAGAAGAAACUUUCACUGAUCUUCAAAUACAAAACCACGCUAAGAGCAAGAGAUCGCAGCUUAUUCCGCGCGCUCGCCUGUUCGACAAGCCUUGCUUUAAAGACAGGUUAAUUGGCCGAGUCAAGCAUCAGACAAAAGAAGAAGUUUUGGAGAGCAUUUACAUCGAUAGCACCGCUUCGUGUUUCGGUGAAAUUAACGCUCAAAGAGAAAGCGAGAAAGUAGAUAGCCUUGAAAAUAAGUCUCAAAAAGAAGACGCAACAUCAAGAGACGGAAGUCACUAUUCGAAGUCCGUAAGUGGAAGUUGGCCAAAUCUAAAUGAAGAAAACAAGCAAACACGACUAUCUGAAGACAGUAUUGGACAUUCCCGCAAUCCGAGUGACAUCGAUAGUUUAGAUUCAAACUACGUAAGAAAGCACUACAACUUUGACGCACAUCGCAAACACUACAAAGAUAGCUCUCCAGACACCGAAAGGUCUAUUACUUCACCAAAUCAUAGUAAGGAGUUAUACCCAACCACCGACGAUCACGAUUCGGACAACGAGGACAGGUCUAAAAAUAACACACCGAAAUCUUUCACCAACGACAGCCUAUCGAUUACUCACAGUGACAAAGACAAAACGGAGCAGGUAGAGCCGCAUGAUACAGAUGUAGAAUCUUUCGACGAAGUAUCUAUUCAAAGUAAACAAAGCGAAGCAAAAGAAGACGCUGAACCAAAGGCGAUAUCUAAACCCACUGACGCUAUAAAUGAGGCUGACAUACAGUCAGUAAUCUCAGAGAACGACGGUACAAUAUCAAGCCCUCCUGACAGUAUUACUUCAUACAUAUCUAUAUCGAUUGCGUCUUCUGCAGACAAAUCUCACAAACUGGAAUAUUUAGCCAAUUCUUUGGCUGAAAAAAUUGAUGAAUAUUGUGAUUCUCAAUUUAAAGAAACUAUAUCCAUCACCUCGAAUACUGUAAAUUCAGAAAACAAUCACCAAGAGGGUGACCCUAUUUAUACAAAAGUUGAUAAAAAGAAAACUUUCGCUGACAUUAGGAGAGAUUCGUUUUUGAAUAAAAGCGGAAACUUGUUCAAUGAAAUUCCAAAAAAGAAAAAUAACGAAAUUUAUGUAAGCAAUACUUAUAUUGAAAGUGACACCUACUUAACCAAAAGUCACUGCGCAUCAAAAAAUAUAACUACAGAGCCCUUUGUAACAACACUUAUUGAAAAUCAAUACUAUUCUUUACCUGAUAUCAACAUUAGUAAAUGCUUAAGAAAAUCUGAAAGAAUCGAUGCCCAACUGAGAGAGGAGGAUCCGGAAGAUAUACCUUGUGAAAAUACAUAUGAAAUAGCCCAAACACAUUUUCGCGAAAUUUUGUCUACGAAAGGAACCGAAAAUUAUGGUCAAUUAAAUAAGACACCUGUCAACAAUACCAUUACUACACAUAUACAAUCAAAUCCAAAUAUAUACCCGACAGCAUAUUCAGAACCCCAAAUAAUACAGAAUUUCACGAAGCUUGAAGACGAUUUGAAAUCAAUAAUUACUAUAGAAAGUUCUAACCCCAGCGAGAAAGACGCCAAUUACUAUCGCUCUAGCACACACCAGAAUGAACGAGAAAUUAAUGAAAUAGAAGGAACAAUACGUAAUAACAAAAUUAUUACAAAAUCCGAAAGUUUAAAAAUUACAAACGCAGUGUAUAAACCUGAAAUAUUGAAAUCAUUUUCUAACGAUAACAUUAACAAAUCAAUACAAGAUAAAAAAGCACGGACUGGAAUAAGGAAACAUUAUUCACUGCGGCAACGAGAUCCAACAGAAGAUGAAAUACACCGUAUGCCUAGCCCUGACACUGUAGCAAGAACUUUGAACAAAUCAAUUGACGCUGCAAUCACAAACUCUCAAGUUGAUGAACUUAAGACUCCACUAGUAUCAAGAGUGCAAUCUUUCAAAACUUCGGCUGAAUCAAGCAUUGCUAUUAUACCACUAAGUGGACAUCAGACUAUUAUCAUAGACCCACCAUUAAGUCUAGAUUCUAAAGAAGCUAAAACGAUUGCUCUAAAUACUCCGAUUGAAAUAAAAACAAACCCAACCGUUAAUACAGAUUUAAUUCCGAAAGUAGAGCUUGUAAAGAAAGUUAUAGAGCCGACUAUUGAAAGGAAAGAAAUUAAAAUCUCAAGUUCUUCUAUUGAUACUUCAAGUUAUUAUACACCAAAAGAUCCUUUUAUUACCAUUAAAUUAAAUAAGGUAGUAAAAACAACAUUACCAAAGCUUAAAGCGAGUGAAAAAAUUGCAUGUGUGCAACACAAAUUUGAGAAGCCACCGCAAAGGCUAAUAAUACACGACAACAAAACCAGCCCAACUGUACCAGUUGCACCAAUUAAUAAGACAACCGCAAUUGUAAGUAUGACACGCCCGCAAGUUCUUCAAGUGGUAGAUUCAAAGAGUAACAAACAAAGCCCUCCUGUUAACAUGGACAAAAAUAAUGGUACUGACCAUCAACCUAUAAACAAUAAUAAAACUGAUUUGAUUUCUGAAACAAAACAAGACCUUAAAGAGCCUAAAACCGAAAACACCGUUAAAGAAAAACUGAACAAUGCUAUAAAAACUGAUAUUGAAUAUCAGGAAAAGCUUAACUCUGUCAAGAACUACUGGUCAAGACUAGCAGAUAAAAACCCAGAAACGAGGGAGACUACUAAAAUAUUAGACACAAAAAUGAAGACUGAAGACUUGAACAAUAACAAGAACCGUAAUAAUGCUAUUAUAGAACAUCAAACCAAUGAGCAAGAAAGUGAUGAACUCCAAAGUGAAGACAACAAAACUACCCCUGAAAUAUCAGUAGGUAAUAUAAUCAAGUCCUUGGAAAGUGUUAAAAUUGUGGACAGUAUACGUAAAAUUAGUCAGACGAAGUUACAACUCUGGAAAGAUGAAACUGAAAAAGUUAAAAGUGACUCAGAAAUAGAAGAAACUACCUUAGAGAAAAUUGUAAAAAAUACGGAAGGAAACUUUUAUGAGAAACCAAAAAUAAAAAAGGAAGUUGAUUUAUGCAGAGAUACUCCAGAAAUAGAAAUAGUAGAAUUGAGCUGUGAGGAUAAUCAAAAUAAAAAAACACAAGCAACUCUCAUAAAGGCAGGUGGUUUUGACAAAGAAAAUGAUGAAUUUGAUCAUGUUCGUUACAAAGUUAUGAAAUCGGAAUUAUUCAAAAACAGUAUGAUAGCAAACUACAAGAAGGAAGCUCAAUUUGAUGGUUUGUUACAAUAUUUGCAAGACUACAGUUUUCAAGAAUUGUUAGUUAACAACAACAUAGUCAUAAUAGAACCAGUGAGGACAAAAAUUGAACCAGCGCCAAGAAGAAAUGUUACAGAUACUUGUAAAAUUCCUUCAACAUUGCUAAAGAAAUCUGAGAAUUCAUGUGGACAAGUAGAUAGAUCAAAAAAUGCUAUACGACGUCAUUUCUUCUAUCAUCCAAUAAGAGUAAAUAAAGAAAUCAUAGAAGAAGAAUUACCAAAUCCAGAUACAGUAAAGAAAGUUCGAAACCUAUUUGAAGAUACGUUGAAAAUGAAAAGCCCAAUGACACACGAUCCUCCACUUAUCGAUGACGUCGGUCUUACAAGACGAGCUACUUCUUAUAGAAACUUAAAUGAAGAAACUAAAGGAAUUAAAAUGGGAGGUAGAAAGAAGGUAAUUCGACAACUAACUAUUGACACUAACUUCGGAAAAAAGUGGGAUAAUGCUAGUCUUUCAAGUGGAGUAUCAAGUGGAGAUCUCAGUUCCAACAACGAAUAUGAAACGGACGGACUAAGCCCAUAUACUCAUAAAAAUUUAAAGGAUAAUGUUUACAGCUCCAGUGAUGAGUACCUUUGUGAUUCCGUGAGCCAAGAUUUUUGCUGUGAAAGCCAAUAUGUCAGUCCCGAUAUUUUGAAAAAGAUACGAGAGUGUGGCACUUCGAUCACUUAUUAUGGAGGCAAAGUAUUAAACUCCAAAACCGGAUCAACUGUCAGUCCGAUGACUAAAGCUAUAAUGGAUGAGAUUAAAAGCUUACAAAAAAACUGCAGCAGAGAUUGUUAUUCGUGUCAAACGAAAUGCCGAGGUGACAAAUGUUCAUGUCUUAUUGCAGACAAACAUAAGCAAAUGGUUGCCGAUAAGCAAAACUCUGCGACAUCCUCUGACUCGGGAAAUCAAACUCACGACAAAAAUAAACGCACAGAGGGCUUUCCAGGCUUCAAAUUUAAACUCGUCAAAUCUAACAGUUGUAGCAGUCGCCUGGAAUUGACGGGUACGGAUGAAAGUAAAAACCCACGACUUAAGUACAGAAAGUCACCAAAAGGUGAAGACCCUCCUUUAGUUUAUGACGACGAAAAUUCAGUGAAAAAUAAAAUUUGCAGAUUAGAAAGCUAUAAUAAAGGUAUUGCCAAAACUCCGUUUGAAAUUAAAGACAACGAAGACAAGAAAUUAAAUGUCAAAACUACAGUUUGCAAAAAAAUAGAAAACUCACCGCAAAACACUGCUAUAACUGAAAUGGACAAUGAAUCAACACAAACAGAGCAAGAGAACAAAAAUUUAAUUCAACCAGAGAGAAAACUGAGUGAUUCACAUGCAUUUGAAAAGAAAUUUUAUUAUGUAAACGAUACCCUUGAUCAGGGCAAAGUGACGACAGGGAAAUUUGGAGAAAUGGUUUUUGAAGAAUUCGAGGUUUUGGAAUCGUGUUAUGAUAGUUUAAAUAGUAAUAAGUCAUUGAAAUAAAAUAAAAAUAUAGUAAUAUUAAAAACAUAAGCUUUCGCUUACAUAAAUUGUGAUCUGUAUUCGAAUAACGCUAUUAAAUUAUUGCUUGUAAACAUAGUAACGAUAUAA